AUGAGUCGAUAAGUUUAUGUUGGGCGUCUGAGUUCCAGGAUCCGAAGAGAGCACCUUCAAUAAGAGUUUGAGAAGUUCGGCAAAAUCAAGGACAUUGAUUUACGAAACACUCAUGCUUUUGUUGAGUUUGAGAAUGGAGAUGAUGCCAAGGCAGCCAUUUCAAAAAUGGACAACAAACGAUUGAAUGAAGGCAGUGAUCGUAUCACAGUCAAACCAAGAGGUAGAAAAAAGAGAUGGAUGAAAUUGAAAAGAUGA